UACCAAAAGUAUAUGGAUAGAAUAUAAAAUAAUAGAUAUCAAGUUUUGUUAUGAUUAAAAAUGUUUUUUUUGAAUAGUUAUUUAUAAAUGAUGCAACAGUAAAUAUAGGAAAUGAUUGUUUGAAGUUAUAGAUAGAUUAAAGAAUUGAUAUAAUAAUAGCAAUAGAUUUGGGAUAGAGUUAGAGAAUUAGAAUUAUAUAAAAAGUGGGAGUAAGGAGUAAUAUUAAAUAAUAUUUGAGAAGAAUAUAAUAAAUUAUAAUGAUGUAAUGAAAAGUGGAUUAACUUAAUUGAAUAGAAUAAUGAGAGAAAUAGAUGUGAAUAAUAAAAUUAGAUAUGAUGUAGAGUAGAUUGUAGUUAGACAUGAAGCCA